UUGCCGUUGGCUUCUUCUAAAGCUGUUCGAGCUUCCCCCUCCUUUCUUCGUUCGUAGUUCCUUCUCUUCCUCCAUAAACUUCCACCGUGAAUUCUUCUCCCUUGUUUUCCGAUUCUAGACAUAUAUAUUCUUCUGGGUUCUCUUUUCGUUCAAACAUGGCUGCUCUUCAGAAACACGCUGUCGAAUUCAAGGAGGAUCCACGAAGCGUUGAUCUCAGGCUUCACAGUGGUUGCUAUGCCAGCGGAGAAGAAGAACCCACAACGGCGCUGAUAGACGGACCCAAAGAAGAGCCGGCUUCGGAGGAGGUCUCUCCGGAGGCGAUGCAGGUUAUGCCAGUGGCGGUGCACGUGCCGCGAAAGAAGGCUUUGACGAAGGAUCGUCACACGAAGGUCGAGGGGCGAGGCCGGAGGAUCCGAAUGCCCGCAACGUGCGCCGCUCGGAUCUUCCAGUUGACCCGUGAAUUGGGUCACAAGUCUGACGGUGAAACCAUCCGAUGGCUUCUCGAACAUGCGGAGCCAGCCAUCAUCGCGGCCACUGGCACCGGCACCGUUCCCGCCAUAGCCAUGUCCGUUAACGGCACCCUCAAAAUUCCAACUACCCCAUCCACCCGCAACAAGCCCGAACCCGAUGACCCACCUGAAAGGAAGAAGCAAAAGCGAUCAACGAACAGUUCGUACACAGAGCUGAGCGACGGUGUUUCGGUUUCCGUCGGCCUUGCCCCGCUAUCAACAACGGCGGUGACGACAAAGCCAAGCAUCACGACAGUUAAUACCCAACAAGCAAAAGUACAGUCAGCACAAGGAUUGGUCCCCAUGUGGGCUAUACAGUCAAACGCCGUCGUUCCGGCGGGCACGUGCUUCUUAGUCCCUCCGAUGGAUUCCAUAGCCGGAACUUCGACAAGCCAGCCGCAGAUUUUGGCCAUCCCCGUGAAUGCUACGCCUCUGAUCAACAUUCCGGCGAGACCUAUAUCGGCUUUUGUUUCAUUAAUGGAGAACAUUGUAGCCCCUGUUCAGUUCCAAGCAGCGACAACAAUACCUCGGUGUUCAACUGCUCCGUCCUUGAAACCUCCGAAAGAAGCGAAGAUUCCGGCACCGAGCUCAACAUCUGUUGCUCCUACCACAAGCACAACCCAGAGGCUGAGAAAAUUCUCAUUAGAGAUUCACGAUAAGGAGAAGCUUCAGCUCAAGUCCAGCUGUUCAAAGCAGUGAGGAAAACGAAGAGGAAAUGAGAAGCAUGUAGAAACGGUUCCCUCAGGAAGAGAAUUUCCCAGACCAAAGGGGGUAGUUGAUGGGUUUCUCGUGACCAUGGAAUUCGCCAUUGAUGACGUGAGUGAAGGAUUUGCCGACUGUGGAGCUGGAACAACUUGAGGUGGGGGCGGGGGUAGGGGAGAGGAGAUCACGUGUGCACGUGUAGAGAAGUGGAUUGCAAGGUAGGGUGGGGCCCGCGAAGGUGGGGACACACUCUUGCUCGCUUCUGCGUCGACCGCGGAAAGUGGGAUUCGUAAGAGGAGGAGAAACUGUAUAUGAGGUUUUAUUUUAAUUUUCUUAAAAUGUUUCUGACUGAUUGGCAAUAAAUUAAUUUCAUGUUAUAAUGUAAGUGAUUUAGAUUUGUGGACCA